GGCUCGCUGUAAUCUAUUUCGACGGGCUAGCUUUCCGUCUGGGUAAGAUUUUAUCCCGAAAAUGACAAAGUAUCGCCAAAAAUCGUAAACCAGGGUCUUUGCCUGCUUCUCCUUGACCCUCGGAGGCUAUACAGUGGCCGAAGGAGAGAGGGUUAGACGAGAAGAGACGUUAGAGUGUUACUGAGCCCCGCGAUCAGCUGGCGUCGGCCACAGCCACUGCUAAUAUCUCCUCGCCGCCAUUGUAUGCAUCGGAUAUGUUGUUUUAACCAGGCCACGAUCAAUGGAUUUAUCGAGGAAAAUGCUGAGUUUUGUGGCCAUAUUCUUACAUUGUGGUUUAUUACACAUCGUAUGGGGUUCCACAGAAGGCAAAUACACCUACUGUGCCUAUUUGGAGAAUAAGACAACGCAGACAAGAGAAAACGAAGAGAUGGUGAAGAACUUCUCCCGCAACGAUGACCGAGUGAAGUAUCCGGAACAGCCCGAUGUAAUGGCAGAUAACAAAACUGUUCGAUGUCCUGAUGUAUACAACAAGUGCUUCACUCUGUGGCAGGCAGGGUCCACGAACAAGACACAUUUUACGGUGCUGAAACAAGGGUGCUGGAUCAACUCAGAAGACAUGAACUGUCAGACCAGCAGCUGCGUGUCCUACUCCACCAUUAAGAACUCCAGCAUGCGCUACUGCUGUUGUAAGGGCAACAAGUGCAAUAUGAACAUUACUAUAGGGGGCGCUCCACCCACGACAGUGCGGCCCUCUCCUGGGACUGCAUUUUAUUAUCACGACACCAGUUACAAGGAAAAGACAAUUAUCAUCUCUUUGACGUCAGUGUGUGGCGUGGCACUGCUCAUUCUGGUGUCAUACCUGGGGUUCAGGAUAUGGUUGGGAUCUUGUAAAACACCGCCAGACGCCUUAACGUUAGUGGAAACCCCUGUAACCAUACCUGUACCACGGUUUAACAUGGACGACCUAAAACUGUCAAAUAUGAUGUGUAAAGGAAGAUAUGGGGAAAUCUGGAAGGCAUCCUUAGGAGAGAUGGAUGUAGCUGUUAAAAUAUUCACUCCAGCCCAGAAACAGUUUUAUUUAAACGAGUUGGAUAUAUACACGCUUCCGCACAUGGAGCAUGACAAUAUUGUGAAAUUCUACGGAGCCGAAGAACGCCUGACUUCGGAAGGCAUAAUGCAGCAAAUGCUGGUGUUAAUGUACAUUCCCCACGGUUCGUUGGCUGUUUACUUAAAGAACAAUACGGUGGACUGGGCCGCCAUGUGCCGCAUGUGUCAGUCCGUUGCCAGUGGACUGGCACAUCUACAUACAGACAUUCAGAAAGGAGAUAAAAUAAAGCCCGCCAUUGCUCACAGGGACUUCAACACACGGAAUAUACUGGUGAAACCAGACUUAUCCUGUGUCAUCACUGAUCUCGGCUUUGCCAUGAAAAUACAAGGCUCAAAGUUCUACAGGAACGGACAUGAGGAGAACGUAGAGCACGCUGCUCUCACUGACGUGGGAACACUGCGCUACAUGGCUCCUGAGGUAUUAGAUGGUGCGGUGAAUCUUCGCGACUGCGAGGCCUCCCUGAAGCAGAUUGAUGUUUAUGCCUUGGGGCUGAUACUGUGGGAAAUAGCAUCUAGAUGUAGUGAUCUCUAUCAAGGACUCCCAGUGCCAGAAUAUAAACUGCCAUUCCAAGCAGAAGUAGGAACGCAUGUGUCGUUUGAGGAGAUGCAACUGCUUGUGUCGCGCAACAAACAACGACCAGCAUUCCCUGAUGUGUGGAAAGAUACAAAUCAGGCAAUCCGUGCAUUAAAGGAAACAAUCGAGGAUUGCUGGGACCAGGAUGCAGAGGCACGUCUGACGUCUCUCUGCGUUGAGGAAAGAGUGGCAGACAUGAUGGCACUCUGGGAUCUCAGAACCAAAGGCUUAUCUCCUAUUGUCCCGGUGACUUCACAACUUGUAAGUUUAGGAGAAAAGACAGACGUCCAGCGUAAUGCCACCAUUCUGGUACCAGAGGGAGCACAAACCAUGAUGACCCGAGUGCCAAACUCCUCUGUUUCCGACAUGGGGGCAUUAGUCCAUACAGUCCCUUCACGGAGUGUUGUCCACGACAGCUGUAUGAGUGAUCCAGUGGUGCCUCUUGGCUCCUAUAUGCGUCUGCCACCUAGUGGCGGGGUGAGCAGUAGUAGAGGGGAGAACAGCGUGUCUUCCUCAACUGUUGAGACUUUGUUAUCACCUUCCGAAGGAGACAGCGCUCCUGGUGUAGGAUGGAGAGAACCUAUGUCCAAUAGUAAAGACCAUCUAAACAUGAACUUUGCCAAAUCUAACAAGAUCCUUCAGCCUCACCAAGGUCGCAAUCCCAUCGUGGAGCGAAACACACAUAAAUGCAGUGAUGAGGAGUUGGCUAUCUUGGGAAAUACUCUGGUAAAGGAGUCGGAGCAGGCUGUCAAAAGGCCGUCAAACAACAACAAUAUAUUGAGCCAGCAUGGAGCAGGCGUACAACAUGGCGGUAAUAGCGUAGGGGGUGGGGGUGGCGGUCACUCUAAUACAGACCACGAAGUGGACUCACCAGCAGGUGGUUUUCAUUCUGUUAAUGAGAACUUUGAAAGCACCUCCCUAGUUCAGAACGAUGUGCUGAGUCAUGUGAGAAAUAAUCCUCCGAUACCACUGAACAUACAGAAUGAGGUUCACACCCCGCCACUGCCCUCUACAAGACCCAAACAGGCCAACGUGCCAGGGAACGGAAACGCUCAUGUUGGGCAGGCUGUAGCAAGCACUAGCACAGGUGCUGGAAAACAUACGAAGCCCUCUAACACUAAGAAGUCCCGAUUUGCAAUGUUUGGAUUAAAGUCCAAGGGGAAAGGCAAAGGAAGUAGUAUUUUCAAUGGGAACUUUUUAUCCAAGAGCCACCAGAAUAUAGAGCGGAAUGAAUUUGUAGAUGACAGUCAUUCUUCCCAUAGUCACAAUACAUCUUCCCAGGGUCAAGGUCAUGGCCAUCAGAGGAGUUCAUCUGACGGUACGACCAGCCUGUCAAGUGCUGCAAAGUGUAACCUUGCAGCGCAGUCCUCGCGAUCUCAAGGUGUCCCGACAGAGGUUCGAAUGAUGAAUGGCUCCCCUAUUGUUCGGCCAACCUCUCUCCCUGUACGCACUUCCGGACCAGCUCCGCAGAACAAAACUGCGUUAAUUCCAGGCAUGCUGCCAGUCAUGGCGGAGCAGAAUGGAUCCGGGGGAGCAGAGAGCCGUCUAGCAUUUGCUGAGGUAGGUGUUGCCCAGCUUCAGCCUGCCAGUAAUGGCCAGGCUGCCAUACUGCUGACUAAGAGCAAUCACGUCAAUUCUCAGAGCGUGACGGACCUAAGCCCUGUGCAACGCAACACAACGAAGGACAGUACCAGCUAUAGCCUUACUGACCUGAACGCUAGGAGAAAUCAGCUGCAGCAUGGGAAAGAUACCAAGUCUAAGACUUUAGAUAUGUUACCAAACAACAGGCAUCCCAAAGUCAGUGAAGAGAAGAUUGCUGGAGCGGAAGACAACCCUCUUGGCUCAGAAAAAAUAAGAACACGCGUUAAGACGCCUUACCAGAUGAAAUCUGGGCGAUUCUCACUCUACGAUGACAGAAUCAUGUGUGAUGGACUCUCUUUGUCUGAAAACCCUUCUAAGAGAAAGGGAGGCUGUAAAAUAAGCAAGUCGCUGAGUGAAUUUAACAGCGUGGAGAUAGGCAUGGACACGCUCUGAACUGCUUGAUCUCGUUACUAUUCGAAUGCGCUGAACAAAAAUCCUACCUGAGAGGAAUGACUCGGCUUGAAUCAAAACACACAAUGUUUUUUAAAAAAUAGCAAUUUGUUUUGAUUUAUAUUAAGGCUUGCCUCACCUUCUUGUACGACGUUAAACAGCAUCUGGGAUAAAGUGCACGAUGUGCAUAAAACUUGAUCGUCUAUGUUUCAAUAUUGUAACAUGCAACUGCAUGUCUCCGGUGUCUGUGACAUGUUUAGCCUUCUAAGGCAUACAGUGCAUGGUAGACUCUGUUAUGGUCAGGGCUAAACUGGAUUUUCUAAUGGUGCUUACUGGGAGAGAUGAUUUUUCCCCCCCAAAGAAUUUUAUCCUUGGCCUUACCCAUAUCAAGUUUACUCAAAUGCCAUCAUGAUAUCAGUUCAUGUAAUGUGUAAUCACCUUAUAAUUGCAUUUAGUGCAAAAUUGCUAAGAAUCGGUUUUAAAAUACCCUUUUGGUUUGAAUGUAUGUGAAACACAGGUCCUUACUAGUGAUUAGUGUGAGACUAGCCAGGAAUUCUUCCCUUCUUGAAGAUAUACCACUCUUUAAUACGCCUAAGAAAGUGGCAGUACACAUUGGUCUUAUUAAAAGAUGGCUUGCUUCUGUGUAAGGCUGCUAGAGCUCAAAAGUUUUCUUGUGAAGGCAGUCGGUGUGUUCACG